AUGGUAGACAAAGAAAAUUCAAUCAUCAUAAGCCUGAACGUGCUGCAAAACAUGCCCAGGGACACUUACGAAUUGUGCAAACAAUUUUUUAAAUCCGUUUCCCAAGAAUGGGACUCGGAUUCUGUAAUUCUGGACUUGUUGACAGCAAUCAUAUUUUUCAACCCACAUCGGCCCAACCUUAAACAUAAACACAUGGUUAAACUACAUCAGCACAUAUACAUGCAUUUAUUGAAACGUUAUCUACUAUUACGGUAUCGGACAGACACAGUGGCCCAGAUGAAAUACGCUUCCCUAAUGAAGAGCUUGAUCAAUUUCAGGGUACUUGGUCAAAACGGUGGGACCGGGAAGGGUAGGCAACGAUCGGUGUCUAUUACGGAAGAUCCGGAACAGUCUGUUCUGGACCGCCCGGCACUCAGCCUAUACUCAUUGAUAGCGCUAAUGAGUUACGGCAGUAUUGACCUGUUCUGCAUGCGAUCGUUGCCUAAUUAUGACUACACUCACGAGAGCUGGACGUUUGUUAUGGAUAUAUACCUUAGUAUGCGAUAA